GUUGCGCGGGACGGCGUUCGGCACCACAUCAAUCCUAGCAAGCGCCAAUUAGCCCGGGAAGACGAGAGGAAGAGCACCGAAAUGACCUCAAGCUUAGCAAUGCUCGUCGUGGCCCUGGUGGCAUGCGUGGCCCACGUCUCGGGCCACGGCUACAGCACAGAUCCCCCGAGCAGGUCAUCCGCUUGGCGCUUCGGAUUCAACACCCCUCCUAACUACGACGACAACCAGCUUUGGUGUGGAGGAUUUCAGACUCAAUACAAUGUGUACGGCGGAAAGUGCGGCCCAUGCGGAGACUCAUGGGGCGACGUCGUUCCCAGGGCCAACGAGAACACUGGCAAGUACGGCCGUGGAGUCGUGACCAGGACCUACACCCAGGGUUCCGUCAUCUCCGUUACCUUCAAACUCACGGCCAACCACAAGGGAUGGGUGCAGUUCUCCCUUUGCAGGCUGAGCUCAGCCACGCAGGUUGAGACCAACGAGUGCUUCACGCCCCUGAAACUGGCCGGCUCCACCUCGACCAGGUACUACCUGCCAAACUCGAACGUCGGCGAUACCACCCUGAAACUGCAGCUGCCCGCCGGAGUGACGUGCUCGCGCUGCGUCAUCCAGUGGCACUACAACACCGGAAACUCUUGGGGUGUUUGUCCAGACGGCACUGGAGCCCUGGGCUGCGGCAACCAAGAAAAUUUCCGCACCUGCUCAGACGUUGCCAUCAACUAGGCGAGUAUGCGUAAAACGAACCCUGGCAUCCUCAAGGACGGAAUCUGCAUUCUUCUUACAAAUAGAUCUUCAUCGACCCGCUCAGGUCUCACGUCGCCAAAUCUUCUUAUUAGAUACUAGAUCUACACUGUAAUCUAAACCAAAUAUUAGAUGUAAUAAACUACUCUUGCUUAACAUGUAAACAAA